UGUGUGUGUCACUCUCACGUUCACACUGGUACCGUUCGGAGUGCUUGGUUACCGCGCUGCCGCCGUUACCGUCAACCGAGCAGUGUGUGUCCAGUAUACACGGUGUGCGGCCGGAAGUUUAAAGUGCCUCUCGUUCCGUGUCCUGGACGUGGCGAAAGCAGGCGAAAUCCUGUCGGCGCGGGGGACAUCAUCGGGGAGACGACGACGACGAGGACUACGGGCGCGCAGGUGGAGCGGACUGUAAAAGGGAAGAAAGAUCGGCUGCGUGGUGCGCGACGGAGGAAAAGGAAAAAAGAAGGAAAGGAGAACGACGACGACAACGACGAGGACGAGGACGAGGACGAGGACGAGGACGACGAGGACGACGAGGACGACGAGGACGACGACAAGGUGUCGAGAAGAGGAAAGUGGUAUAUCGGAACGGUCACCAAGACGUUUUCGGUGAUACGGUGUCCAGUGUCCAGACGCACGUAUGUAGGAGCAAGGAGUGGCUGCUGCUGGUGGUGGCCGACCGUCCAAGGAAGAGAGAAGAAAAGAGGAGAAAGGAGAAGAGGAUCGUGCGCGCCUCAUGGCCCUGUUGUUUGCUGGCCCGUCGUGAUCACGAGGAGAGAAGCAGAUCCGAGUGACUGUGCUGUUGGUGUCUUUGGUGAAAAAUAACGAAGUGGUGAUCGGUGCUCGGUUGUUCUUCUCUACGGUUCAGUGCUACGUGGGGUUUUCUUUUUUGGGGGAGAGGCACGCUCGCUGGAGGAUCGGAAUAGAGGAAAAGAGAACGGCACAGUUCGUGGGGGAGAGAGAAAGCGAGUGCGAGAGUGCGAGAGGGAAGGAUAGCGAGAUAUACAGGGAUAGAAGAAGGAGAGAGAGACAGAGAAGUGAGAAGGAGAAGUAGACGUAUAGAGAAGUAGAGGAGGAGAAAGGGUGAUUGGAAGACCCGGCUGGCGAUCCGAAUUCGCGGAUUCGACACGCCGCGGUUGCCGAUCCAUAAUAUGGCGUACAAGUUUCGCGAAGAGAUCGUGGGAAAGAGGUUUCUCUCGGUGAGUGGUUUCACCAAGCUAAAGGUGAAUAAGAUCAGUGAGUGGGGGUGGCGUGCAGGGGUGAUUCGUGCUGCCAGUCACAGGGAUAACGGCUGUCAUGAUCUUCAGAUCCUCGUAGAAUACGACGACGUAGAGUGGCAAAGAAGAGAAUGGCUAUCGCCGCACAGAGACGCAGUGUUUUCGUUCUUCUUAGUGGAAAAGGGACUGUAUUGGGCCGAGCGACCUGACCCUAGGCAUGCCAGCCUCAUCGCCAUCGAUCACCACAAUCACGCGAAUAAUAACCACCACCAUCAUCGUAUCAACGGGAAACCCCUGAGGGGUGCCACUGCUGUCGCAAACACUGUCGCCUGGCCGGCUCUAACAUUUUACCCCCUGGUGGCGCGAGCAGAGUUACCGGAAGACGCGAUGCCUCUAGAGUUCAUGCAAGAUCGGAGGCUGGAUUUCGUCGACUACUCGAAGCUGAAGCCAUUUACCCAGGACUGGGAGCUGACCAAGGGCUCGGUGCCCUGGGCAAGCGCUGUCAGGCGAUGGGCAGAAAUGCAGGAUGGCCAGAGAAUCCUGUUAACCACGCCGAGCGUACUAGUUGGCUUCAGGGUCGAGGUUUAUCGGGCCGAGGGCACUACGCAAUGGUACACCGCUGUCAUCGUUGGUUACAACGAGUCCACCAAGGAUUUGACUGUCACCGAUGACACGGUUCUCGAGGAUCACAACGAGGACCCUAGUUUAGUACAAAUGCGGCUGAUUGGCGAUGGAGUCGUCGAGAGCAUCAUGAGAGGCGAGGUCGUCGGCAUGACACCGAGGAGGUCGAGGUCAUCGACUGCUCUGACGCACGCGCUUGUUGUGCCGCGACCUGGAAGAAGACCCCGAGGACGUCCAGGAAACGCCGCACAACUGCAAACUACUCCUAGGAUACAGAGCCCAAUCUCGCAGCAUCUGGAAAAAGAAAAGAACUCAGCGCGCAACAGCCGACGAAGGCGCGUGAGCGAGGGCGCGAGCCGCGAGAGACUAGAGAAAGACGGUGAAAGCAAUUUAUCGACGCGGCAGGAAGACCGGGAGAACAAGGGUCCACCUUCCGGCAGGCCCAGCAAUCGUAUACCACGAACCGUCUUAGAAGAGGCGAACAGCGCAUCGAGCAGCGCGUCGAAGCUGCGAAAACGUGGAACUGCCGUAAAGAGUCCGGUGGAGAGUCCAUCGCAGAGACCCGUGCGACGAAGGCCGAGGCUCAGUUGCCAGGAAACGAAAACAGAGGCGGAAGAAGAUACCGAACACUCGGGCGGCGUAAAGUCUGCCGAGAAGGAGGAACGACUAGGUGGAAGACUCGAGGAGGACGAGCGUGGCGAGGAGGAGGACGAAGAUCAGGAACGCUGCGAUCCCCUGACUAAGAGGCUCAGGACAAGUCCGGUCGGUAGGAAGCUUAGAUCCGAGCGAAAGGGAGGUGGGAAAGGUUGCGAGGAGAUAGCGUCGGAUCUCGAGGAAACGGAAGAGGAGGAAAGGAAGCAGGAGCGAGCCGAAGGGGGAGAGGUCGAGAAGCUCGAGGAGAACGAGGAGAGUCAAUCUAGGGAGCGAGACAGAGAACCAGAGCCUCCGCCUCCGAACAAAGUAGUAGACCCUGGAGGCGACACGGUUCUUCAACAGAGGCGAUCGAACGCGGAUCAGAAGGAAGAAAGAUUUGGAACUAAGGGAGAUAGCGGUAGAGAGAACGGCAAGGAACAGCAGGUGUUGGUGAAUGGAUCGCUGCUCGACUCGUCGGUGGUGGUCGACAAAGGCAGCGUCCUCAGCGGUGCCGAAGCGAGCCUGUUAAAGUCCGGCUCGAACGGCAAGAGCGUCGAGGAGGAAGAGGACGAGGCCGAGGACGAGGACGAGGACGAGGACGAGCGCGAGGACGAGGAGGAGGACGGGGACGAGCCGGAACAUCGAAAUCGUGCUCGGGGACAAGAAGAGGAACCGGAAGGGAAGGAAGUGCAGGAAGAGCAGGAAGAGGAGGAAGAGGAGCGUGGCUCGCGAAGAACCGAGCUGACUACCGAGCUAGGCACGGAGGAUAGCGUGGGUAGCGUGAGCGGCGCGAGGGCGGCGAGCGUCGAAUCGGUGGUCGAGCUGCUGGAGUCGAGCAGUCAGGACUCAGGCUCCGUGCUGGAGAGGCUGAGUCCGCUUAGUAGCAGCGGCGGCGGCGGCUCUGGCAGGCAGAGCCUGCUCCUGGAGCAGCAACGGGAGCAGGAGCGAAAUCGGCACAACGAGAGCCCUGUCAUUCUAGCCGAGAGACUGAACAAGCCGCCACCGCCGGUAGCUGGUCACCAUCAUCAUCACCUGCAGCAAUACCAUCAACACCAUCACCACACGCCGCCGCAUCAUCAUCAACAGCAACGUUACUCGACCGGUAGUCCGGUGAUACAUCAUCAUCCGCAGCAGCAACAGCUACAGCAUCAGCAUCAGGUAGCGAACAGUCCGCAUCAUCAGCAGCAACAUCAACAGUCGCAGCAUCAUCAUCAGUUGUCCUCGUCGAGCCUCCUCGAGGUGCAACAGCAGUCUCACACAUCGAGGGGCGGCGAUGAGGCCGGCCUCAUGGAAGUGGAGGCUGGGGCCGGGAUACCUGGAAGCGGAGUGCUUGCUGGUGUGCCAGCAGCGGUCGGUAUCCGAGCGGUCGGAGCCGCGGCUGGUAGCGGCGCCGCGAGUGCAGCUUAUGGGGACAGCGGCUCCGACAGCGGGGUAAGUUCCCUGAGGAGCGCCGGCUCUGGCGACGAGAGGAGCGGUAGCAGAAGCUCGGCGCUCAGCGUCGACGAGACCACCAGCUCCUCGACACCAGCGGCGGCCGCCACACCAGCUAGAGUCUGGCACGUGCAAAGCGUCCAGCACACGUCCUUACUAAUGGCGCAUCCUCAACCACCUCCCAGCGCCGGACCGAGCUCCGCGGCCGCCGUGGCUGCGGCAGCCGCUGCAACUGCUCCACCGGUCGGCUACCAGAAUCCCGCACCACCACCCGGUCAUCAUCAUCCCGCCGUUGCGUCUGAAAUGCUUUGGAGGUCUCAGAGGUACCCGCCGCUACCGCACUCGUUGCUCGGACCUGCUCAACCUACUCCCGAGGAGAUCGUCGAGAGAGAGAGGAUGCUUCGGGAACGGCGAGAAGCGGAAGCCCGGCUGGAGAAGCGUGAACGCGAGAGAGAGGCCAAGAUGGAAAGAGAGAGGCUGGAGAAGCAAAGGGCCACCGAGCAGGCAGUUCACAAGCACUUCGAAGAGUCCCUCAGGCUGGCACAACAAAAGGUGUCUUAUGUUCCGCAGAGAAACAUGCAGUCGACCUCGAUGGCAUGGAACACGUUCAUCCCAUUACCACCACCAGGAAGCAGGACGCACGCCACGCCGCAUUCCGCAAUGACAGCGCAUGUAGGCCAUCAUCAUCCCGGGCCAGGUGCGGCGGCGGCGCAUCCAGUCACCGUCGCGCAGCAACAGCAACGCGAGCGCGAGGAAAGGGAACGCGAGGCAAGGGAGCGGGACGCGAGGGAGCAGCGACAGCGAGAAACUGAGAACCUGGGGAUAAGGGAACACCUGGUCGCGGCCGAGAGACUGCACAGGCAAGCCGAGGCCAGGGACCAUGUCGCGGCACAACAGAGAGCCGCUUAUUAUGCAGCCACUGCGCCUCCGACUCAACAGGUGUCUCGACCAUCGAGCGUACCUGGCAAAGUCGAUUAUCCACCACCACCGGCGCACUCGAGGACUUCCAAGUCGUCGCUGCCCGUUAGCAGUCUUCACGAGAAACCACCACCGGUGGUAGGGCCGUCGCACAGUUCCCUGCCAAAGGUGGAGCCAAACGUCGGCCUGUUCAGUUACUCGACGUACCAGCCACAGUCACCGUAUAUGCACGAUAUUAAGGUGAAGAGUGACGUAGGUCAACCGCACAAGUCGUUACCGAGUAAAAGCGGUUUGGCCGGAGGUCUCGAGCGAGACCAUCACGGUCGGGAGAUUCUACAGAAUCCUCCUUCUUUAUUGCCGGAUCACAAGAGCUCGGUGAUAGUGAAGAACGAAGGUCGAGAGCUUCCGAAAGUGCCGACGUCGCAGCAACACUCGCCGAGUCCGAAAAUCAUGCCGUAUCUGAACGUACAGUCGGUCCCGCCGCAGCACAAGCCGUACGAGUACAGAAGUCCGACGCAGAGUCCUCACCAUCUUCACCACCUGGACGGACUACAGGCGGCGAAGAGCAUACCUCAGGGUCAUCACCGAAGCAGUAGCGGGUCUACGACCACAACGCAGUUACCCAGUCCGCACGGACAUCCACCGCAUUCGCACAAUCGUCAGUCACCGCACGCUCAACAUCCUCAUCAGCCACCGCAUCCAUCGCCACCCGAACCACGUUAUCUUACCAGGCCGGAACCCGGCCUACCUUAUGCUACUGCCAAGUCCUCGUAUUCUUAUCCACAUCCGCAUCCGCCCACGGCCUCACCGACCUCACAUUACGCCGCGCCGGCAGGCUCUAAGCCAAAAGUCAGUAGCCCAGCGCCGCCUCACAUCUACGGGAAACCGAAUUCGGGUAUUAUGACCGGAACGCCGGUCUGCAGAGCUUCCGAGCCGGCAGUCGCAGCCCCGAUACCUCUCACCUCGAAGGCCAGUAGCUCGCCUUACCAGCAAGUGCCUCACCAUCACGGGGCGCCGCCUCCACCUCUACCGCCACCCGCGCACAGUAGGUCCGUCUAUGAUCCUAGAGGUUAUACCGGCUCGAUGCCAGCCGCGAAGCUUCCACCGCCACCCCUUCACGGUUCUCCACCGACUGCAGCUUCGGCGCCCCUGUCCAGGCCCAUCGCGCAUCCAGCGCAUCACACGAGUCCCCAUCAGCAACCCGGUCAGACGGUGCAACACGCGCAACCACAGAUCAACACCUCUUUCCAAACGCAGCCGCUCGAUCUCGGAGUGGAGAGAUCCGGUUCGCCUAAGAGGAAAGCGCCCACUCCGUCGUUGACCGAGAAUUCCGGCCAACCGGUUUCCCUGGAAGUCUGCAAGAAACGUAGAACGGAGGAACCACAGCCACUAUCGUUGCAAUGUGUCGGACCACCGGUUCUCUCGAGAGUGAGCGAACCGAGCCCGUUGAUAGCUUCGGCGGCGACCUCGAUCACCACCGUCGUCAACACCACAGUCGCUUUAUUGGCUCAAUCGAACACACAGACGACACAGGAACGUACCGUGACAGCGGUCAGCCCAACGCCACGAACUGCCAGCGGUGAUGGUUCCGUGAGACCGGCCAGUACGGGUAGUGUCAGCUCGUUAAAUCCGACGGUGAGCGCGGCACCGAGUCCCGCGCCCAUUCCCAGUCCAGCACCCUCCACGGCGCCCAGUCCAGCACCUAGUGCUCCCGGUACGCCCGCCAAAGCCAAUCCGAGUACGGUUGAUAGCGAGAAGUCCAACAGUCCCGCGCCUAGGCCACCCAGCAGUACCAGUUAUCCCGUACACAAACUGAAGAAGGCUUGGCUUCAAAGGCAUUCCGGCGAAGAUGGGACGGAAGAUACAACGGGCGUCGUAGGUAGUGGUACUUGUGUCACUUUGCCUAUGAACAUCUCUCAAGCACCGUCGCAGUCGUUGAACAACAAAGAACGCGACACUUCUUCGAACGUCUCCGGCAAUACGACCACCACUUGUUUGCCUAGCGCCGUCAACUCUAUUCACAAUAUUGGUAGUAUGGCGGUGAACAGCAUCAAUAAAAGCAAGGUCACUGCCAAAAGUAGUCGUAAAUCGGCGAACAAAGAAUCAUUAAACGGACACGCAACGGACACGAAAACGUUACAGGAAGACUCGUCAAGCAGCGACCCGGAAAGGAAGUCGCCGCCGAAAAGGAAGCCACCCAAGGUAAAACGAAAGAAGGGCGCAGCACGGAGGCAGCAAACGACCGCGGAAGAUCAGCGGAGACGAAAGGAAGACAAGCAAGCUGGAGGGACUGGUGUAGGCAGCGAGUCUAGUAACGAGAGCGAGGCUGGUUCUGCUAGCGAUACCAGCGAACAGUUGGGUUCCAUUCAACCUACGUCGAGGGUGCGGCAUACCACGGCCAAUUCCAACAAUUCCUCGGGAAACGGAAAUAAUAAGGAACCGAGAAAACGAGGUAGAAGACCAAAGACUACGAAAGGUAACGAAUUGGGCGGAGAAGAUCAGCAACCUCGUCAAAAGAAAGAACGUAGAGACGAUAGUACGAGCGGUGGUAACAGUGGGCCAGGUGGAAGUGGUGGUAGGGGCGAUCCCUUUCGUAGACCUCCGAUAUCACAAUUGAAAAAAACCGGUGACAGUUGGUUGCAAGACGGCGCUUGUUUCGAAGUAGCUCCAAAGUUAGCUAAAUGUCGUGAGUGCAGAUGGACACCGCACCAGCGCUCCAAAAAUCUUCCUCAAAAUAUUUUCUGCAGAUUUUAUGCAUUCCGUAGAUUACGGUACACGAAAAACGGACAGUUGGCUAUAGCAGGAUUUAGCGAUCCUCAUAAAGAUGCGUCUGAGGUAGAUCUCCGAUUAUGGUUACCAGGAAAAGAGAAUACGGAUACGAAGAAGGAUGAAAAGUCCGACAAGAACGAUAAAGAGAAAGGAGACAAAGAAGAUCUAGAUUUAGAAAUGGCUCACAGACUGCUUCGCCAAGUCGGAGAUCAGUUCUGUGACCUCUUGCAUCAAGAAAAGGACGCUCUUCAACAGCACAUGGCAGAAGCAAGUUCGGGACUUGUAGACGGAACAGUCGCUUGGAAGAGAGUGGUGCAAGGUGUUCGAGAGAUGUGCGAUGUCUGCGAGACGACCUUGUUCAACUAUCACUGGGCCUGCGGAAAAUGUGGCUUCGUCGUAUGCAUCGAUUGUUACAAGGGACGCAAGAAUGGAACAAUCAAGAUUUGGGGAGAGAGCGGCAAGGAUAGAGACGAUUUUUCGUGGCUUUUGUGUACGAAUAGGCAAGUGCACGAGCCUGAACGACUUAUGCUCACGCAAAUUAUCGCCGGCGAUAGCUUGACACGUCUCGGGCAACGGUUGCACGAAUGCCGAGCGGAAUGGGGAAUACCACAGCAUUGUGGUUGCUCGCUAGUCGUUCAAACCUCUCCCAACGAAUAUUUGCGGAACAUGAUAAAAGGCGACACGGUACCGGUUCUGAACGGUAAUGUUAAACAGGAAGUUAAAGAAGAGAAGAAAGUGAACGAAUCGAACGGAUCGUCGGAGAACAAAACAAACGGCGAAGAUAAAAACUCUCCGCUGAAUUGGCUGGCGGAUGUGGCUCUGCAGAAUCAGGAUAAAAACGAAAGUGGUUCUAGCUCGGAUUCCGACGAGGAUCGAGAUGGCAAUUACUCGACCUUGAGAGAAUUGCUUAUCCGACCGUCCCAUAAAUCAAACGGUAGUGGAUCUAGAUCGAAUUCACCGACCAACAAUUCCGGCAAUGUUAACGUUACUUCCGGAAACAAUGCGCAGAAUAACGUCGCGAAAUCUGGCAAAAAGUCGAAAAUGGACACGCUAGAUGAGGUUAUAUCCAGCGUAAUAGAACAUAGCGUGAAGAAAGAGAGGGAAGGUGAAGUAGAUGAUGAGAAACCGAGGGAAUUGAAGCAUUUCGUUAGAAGAUACAAAUGGACGCAGAAAGGAAGAGAACCGUUGCCCAUUCGGAUCAUGACGCUUACCGAAAGUAAGAGUCUGUAUCCGGAUGUACCGCACUCAUGGCUCUGUGAUGGAAAGUUGCUCAGGUUAAACGAUCCAAACAAUCCUAACAAUUAUAGAAUAUUUCAAGACCAGUGGAAACGCGGACAGCCAGUCAUCGUGUCAGACGUUGCGAAGUCGUUAGAUAUCAAUCUGUGGCACCCGGACUCGUUCGCUAGAGACUUUGGCGACGAGAAGAACGACUUGAUCAACUGCAUGACCGGAAAUUUGGUACCGAAUCAACCAAUGCGUAAAUUCUGGGAAGGCUUCGAACACUUCUCGAAGAGAUUAAAGGAUGAGAGGGGAAAUCCGAUGUUACUGAAAUUGAAGGACUGGCCGCCCGGCGAAGACUUCGCGGAAUUAUUGCCAUCGAGAUUCGCGGAUUUAAUGAAAGUUUUGCCGUUGUCGGAGUAUACUCAUCGAAACGGAAGAUUGAACCUGGCCAGCCGUCUGCCGGAUUGCUUCGUGAGACCAGACCUGGGACCCAAAAUGUACAACGCUUACGGAUCGGCUCUUCAUCCCAAUAAGGGAACAACCAACCUUCAUCUAGAUAUUUCCGAUGCGGUCAACGUUAUGGUCUACGUGGGAAUUCCGAAGGAUGCCGAUAACGACGAAUACGUCAAAGAAGCACUACGAGCGAUAGACGAAGCCGGCUGUGACAUCUUGACACGCCGUCGUGUUCGUGAACGUGGAGAAGCACCGGGAGCAUUGUGGCACAUAUACGCAGCACGAGAUGCCGACAAGAUCAGGGAUCUAUUGAACGCGGUGGCUUUGGAACGAGGGGCUCGUUUGGAGCCGCAUCACGAUCCAAUUCACGAUCAAAGCUGUUACCUCGAUGGACCUUUGCGAGAACGGCUGUACCGCGAAUACGGCGUCGAAGGAUACGCUAUCGUACAGUGCCUAGGCGAUGCAGUAUUCGUGCCAGCUGGCGCGCCGCAUCAAGUCCGUAAUCUUCACAAUUGUAUAAAGGUAGCCGAAGAUUUCGUAUCUCCAGAAAACGUGUCGCAUUGCUUCCACCUAACGCAAGAGUUCCGUGCGUUAUCGGACACACACACGAAUCACGAAGACAAGUUGCAAAUCAAGAACAUAAUCUACCACGCGGUGAAAGAUUCGCUGGCCGUAUUGAGUAACGUGAAGGAAGAAACUCUUGCCAAGCUUAAGUCUAAUAAUGAGAUAAAAAAGGAGGAGACGUAGCCCUAGGCCCCCUGUCGCGGUCGCAAGAGCCGUUGAUCGUUGUUUGAUUAAAGUCUCGCUAUAACAGUGAGUGCGUAACCUGUUAUCCGGUCGUGUAUCGGUCCACCGAAUAGCAUAUGCCCGGGAUCGGUUCGAGACGACAGGAGGAUUAAUCUAAGAUGCUCCGAAGAAACCUGUAUCAAGGUGCAAGAAUUUGUUGUGAUAUUUGACGAGUAACUCAAAAGUUUCAUUUUUCGAUAUUGGCUGAGCCAAUGAGAUUAUUCGUUGUUUCAUUUGAAUUUUCCUUUUACACAUACUUUUUCCUUCCUCUCGAGCAACGUGCUUGCGGACAUGAAGUCCGUGGCUUUUUUUCUUUGAAGUUAUGGAGUCGGUCUCGCGAACGAGCGCGCGCCGCGUCCGUUAUCAUUGUGAUACCUAUGAGGAGGACUUUGGAUCAUACAUUAUUUGUAAUUACUUAUAUCGUGCCUGUAUUCAAUACAUACUGUCUAUAUUAUAUAAAUGUAGAUAAUGGAUUAUUGUGUAAUGAAUUCUUACUAGCAACUACGAAAAGGAUCGUCUAGAGGUACCUUUGUGCAAUUAGAUGUCGAUUAAAUUGUUAGCUGGAUCAGUGAUACUUGUCGAUCCGCGUUAUGUGCUCUCGUGAUCUGGUGCUUUUUUGGUAUCGAUUUAACGAAAGCAAACAGAAAAGCGCUUUGCCAAAUGGCCGAUAUAUAUUUCCUGCUAUCGUCCUUGUGUUUCGCGCGGGAGGCGAGUGUAAGAGGAGAACACUGCCUAAACUGUUCGCAACGGUCAAGUUUCUGGAAUAAGAUGACUCGACCAUUGCGCGUUAACGCAAUUACACGUGAUAAAUCGCAGUUCGGCUUCCUCGGGUAUAUACGUUUUUCAGUUUGUUUUUCUUCUUCGAAAGAUAUAUCGGCUAUACCGAGCAAAGUUUGUCCGAAGGUUUGUAUGACCAUCGUCGUUUAAAUUAAGGCAUCAGAACAAAAAUAACAAGGGAAAUUGCUAAACAAAUCUUUCGAUAUUACCUUUAUAGGAUAUGAGAUAUCGAUGAGAGUAGACUCGAUGAAUUUAAUGUUUUUAUAGAUUGGAUUAACAUUGUGUGGCCCAGUGAUGACCCAGUAAAAAGAUGAAAAUAAAGUGAAAAGGAGGAUAAGAAAAGAAGCAG